AGAGUUGUAAAACCCAUUAAUCGCCCUUCUGAUAAGAGUCUUUAGAACCAGAGGUAUAAAAAGUCCACAAAAUGAAAGGAGGAAAAAUUGGGGAACAUUACAAGGAUGGCCGUUGCCAGAGCUACAACCAUCAUGAUUCUCCGAGCUUUCAAUUCCCGCCAUUUCCCUUCCUCUUUAUUUACGCCGCCGUCUCUCUCGCCGUUGAGUUCCAUCGCUCUUCACUCUACCCACCGCCAAAUCAGCUCCGCCAAGGUCGUCUGCGCGGCGGCGUCCUCCUCCGACAAGAAGGUGUCCGCUCGCCUCUCUCAAGUUCAGCAGCUACUCCAUGAAGCCGAGGAACGGGCUAGCUCCGCCGGCGACGAACCUACUCCUCAAAUCACUCUCGACCAAGUAACUGUUAGCUUCGCUAGAAGUGGCGGCCCUGGAGGUCAGAAUGUGAACAAAGUGAACACCAAAGUGGACAUGCGCUUCAAUGUUAAAAAUGCAUACUGGCUAAGUGACAGGAUCAAGGAGAAGAUAUUGCAAACGGAGAAGAACAGAAUCAACAAAGAUGGUGAAAUUGUCAUUUCUUCGACUAGGACCAGAACCCAGAAGGGUAAUAUUGAUGAUGCCUUGGAAAAACUGCAGGCAAUCAUAGAAGCUGCAUCUUAUGUUCCACCACCUCCUUCAGAAGAGCAAAAGAAGAAAAUUGCAAAGCUAGCUGCCAUAGGUGAGCAGAGGAGACUGAAUAACAAGAAGGUUCUUUCAGAUAAGAAAGCUUUUAGAAGAAGCCGAGACAGCUGGGACUGAAUGACUGAUUAUCAAUACUUGUAAGGCUACUAAUUACUCCCUCAACAGAUUAUCUAAAUGUUACGCUUUCAGUUUCCACAUUCUGUCACGAAAAUCGUUCAAUUGCAGUGAAGCAGCACUUGUAGGUAAAACAUCUUUGUUGAUUCUGUUCUUCUCCCCUACAUCUUCCAGUUUCCACAUUCUGUCACGAAAAUCGUUCAAUUGCAGUGAAGCAGCACUUGUAGGUAACUGGGUAUAUUGUUCCAAAUAGACAUUGUGCAUUCUCAAUUAAUGUUUUUGUUGAGAUCUGUAGUUUGGACAAUGUGUUUUGACUUUUGACCAUGUAGAAUGGGAGUGACUUUUUUUCUUCAUUAUUUUACAGUUUUACUACAAUUUUAAAAUUCCUAUUACUCUCCUCCUUUCCUCUCUUCUUGUUUCUGUUGCUCAAGUGCGACCACCUUGUAUCUUGGGGCCGUAAUUAACCAUGCAGUUGUCGUUGGUUUCUGACCCCGUCGGCUUUUCCCCUCUCUUUCAUUCCCGAACAAGAGACGAUCCAACGGAAAAAAAGUUUUUUUUAUCAUGACAUGAACAGCUCCAUUAUACAUUUCGUGAUGCAAAAUGAAAUGACGCACACUAA